ACAAAGGCACUUGUUAGCAUAAAAGCUUUAAAAAGAUCCUACAUUUUGUCUGCUCUACUCACGCCCUGCCUCUUCCCUUUCAACUUCGCCAACCCCUUUAAAAACCAGAAAAGCGGGAGACAUUGAUGUAGGCGCAGUCACAGAGAGAGAGAGAGAGAAAGAAAAGAAAAAUGAAGAGAUUGGAGAGCGAUAGUUAGCAAGAGAGAGAUAGCUUGCCUGUUUUUGGACUGAGAGUGAGUUUUACAGUAAUAAAGUGAGAGGGGAAGAAAAAAGUAUUCAGCAAGAAACCAAAAAAAAUGGGCACGGGAAUGGUGCAAGAACAACAGAAUCUCGAGAAACAAAUAGAGAAGCAAAUGGGUUGCAUGGCUGGCUUCCUUCAGAUCUUUGAUCGCCACCAGAUUCUCACCGGGAAACGCCUUUAUGCAACCAAGCGUCUUCCUCCUAAUGUUGUUGAUUCUAGUUCAGAGCCAGAGAAGACCAUGGAGUCGCCUCUAGAGAAGCAUCAGCAAACAAGAUCAAUGCCUUCUCCGGACAACUUGAAACAUCAGCAGAACUCUCCGCUCCGAUCUCCGUUAUCGGAAUCUCACUCCAAAUUGCCUCUUCCUCUUCAAGUUUUCGAACUGAAAGAAGGCAACAAUAAGUCGUCGCCGUCAUCAUCAUGGAAAUUCUGCAAAGAAGCUCCUAGGCUUUCACUAGAUAGCAGAGCAACGUUCGAUGCCGCUAAAGGAAGCCUUAAACCGAAAGAGAUCCGUACAAAUGCUGCAAUUUUAUCAGCAUCAUCAGGCAAUAAAAUUAAAAAUGGAGAAGAAACAGAUGAUGGCGACAACAAGCAACACCGAUCGCCGAGUGUAAUCGCUAGGCUAAUGGGGCUGGAGAAACUACCUGAAUGGGAAGAGGAAACUGAACAGACAAAGAAACCUGAACUACGAAGAUCUGCUUCGGAGUCUAGAGCUAAUAGAGAUCUCCUUCAGUAUCGUUUCAUUGACGGCGUUAAUUUUCAGUUAAAGCAAACUCAGCAGCAGCAGAAUGAUAGUACACACAGCAAUGUGAUUAAAGAUCAAACAACAAAUAAUACCAGGGCAAUGGAUCCAAAGGAGAACAAUGCAAUGCGAAACGUAAGAGCUGAGCCAGCAAGAAUGGCGCAUAGAGGUAUAGGACAGAGAAAGAGUUUCUUUGAUUCAGCUGAUUUUUUCCCUGAGCCAAAACAGACCGUGUCAAUAUACGGUGAGAUUGAAAAGAGGCUUAAAAUGAGAGGAAUCGACGAGCCAUCUAAGGAUCUCGAGACGCUUAAGCAAAUCCUUGAGGCUUUGCAGCUCAAAGGCCUCUUGCAUUCCAAGAAGCCAACAAAUCAUAGAAAUUUCGUGUAUGAUAAUAGGAGUUUCUCGUAUGAUCAACCUCCUAUUGUUGUAAUCAAGCCACCUAGAUCUGCAACUGCACCUUCUACUCCGAUGACCAAUAGGCAAGGAAGACUAGGUAGUGAUUCUCCUCCUCCGAGAAGUUGUCGCCGGGAUUCGAGUCCAAGGACGGAGAUUGAGCGUAAUGUUCGGAACCAGAACAGAGGUAAUAGUAGGAAUUCAAUUUCACCUACUAGAAGUGAAAGUAGUAGUGUGAAGAGUCCUCACAGAAGGAGACCUUUGAGUGUCGAGACGCAAAGGAGAGUCAGUAAUAAUAAUAAUAAUAAUUCAAGAGCAUCUCCGGUUCAGUCUCCUAAAAUCAAUUCGAGGAAAACGAUACCGGAUCGAUCACCUAAAAACAGGAAACAAACGGUUCUUGUUGUUGCCGAGGAUGAGUCAUCAUCCUCUGUUUCUGAUAGUAUCAGCACCUCUUCUCACACUGAUACAGAGAGGUCGAAGAUGGAGGAUUACAAGGAUGGAAGGAAUCUGCUAGAAAGGUGUGAUAAGUUGCUUCAUAGCAUAGCAGAAAUGACAGCGACUGAGUUACAACCGAGUCCAGUAUCAGUUCUCGAUUCCUUAUUUUACAAAGAGGAAUCUUCUCCUUCGCCUGUCAUGAAACGCAGCGUUGAUUUCAAAGAUCAAUUAGCUGAACUGGAAGAUGAUAUUUGGAGCCCGGCAAUAUCUCCAAUACAGUUAAAAUCAGUGGAAAAUUCAGAUGAUUGUGAUUUCGUUUACAUUUCUGAUAUCCUCAGAGCUUCCAAUUUUUUACCUGAAGACUCAGAUGUAUUCCUGUUACUAGAGAAGCAACAGUAUUUAAAAGGAAAAGAUACUUCCAAAGUUUCAAGACUCCAAAGGAAGCUGAUUUUUGACACAAUCCAUGAGAUUCUCAAUAGGAAAAGGCAAUUGCCACCUUGGAAGGCUAGUAUUUGCAUCAGUUCAAGCGGCGAACAAACUCCAUUGCAGCAAAUUUGGUCAGAAUUCCAAAGAAUUCGCGAAAGGGAUGCAUCGGAUGACUUGUUAGAGGUGAUUUGUGGCAUGCUUAAGAAGGACUUGGCAGGAGAUUCAAUAAAUGGAUGGGGAGACUGCCCAAUUGAGAUGUCUGAAACAGUUCUAGAUAUUGAAAGGCUAAUCUUUAAGGAUUUGAUCGGCGAAACAAUCCAAGAUCUCGCUGCCUUUACUGGGAAAUGCAAUCAAGCAACGUUGCCUAGAAGGAAGUUGGUUUUCUGAAACCAAGGGACCCAAAGAAAAAAAAGAAGAAGAAGAAGAAGAAGAAAAAGAGGAGAGAGAAGAAAACCCUUUGGUUUAUUAUUAUUUUUUGUAAUUUUUUCUUUUGGCGCCCUUUCUUUUCUUCUUUGCUUUCUUUCCGGUCUUUUUAUUUUUAUUUUUUUUGGGAGGGGGGGUUUAACAAAAUGUGAGUAACGUUUUAUUUAAUUGCAGUUUACCUGAAAACCAGGCAAAUCUAACGUUCA